AUCGAUCAAAUUUAGCAAUUGCCAUAGUUUAUAUGUCUAAGGAAUUCAAUUGGAAUCAUAGUACUCAAGGUCUUGUAUUAUCAUCAUUUUACUUCGGAUAUAUUACUACACAAAUUAUAGGUGGUGUGCUUGCUGAUAAAUACGGUGCCAGGAUAAUAUUAGGCAUAUCUGCUAUAUCUUGGUCAAUUUUUACUUUACUUACACCAAUUUCUGCCAGAAUAAAUAUAUAUUGUCUUAUACUGUGCAGGAUUUGUUUAGGAAUUGGUGAAGGUGUAACAUAUCCAUGUGUACAAUCUUUAGUCGCAAAAUGGUUUCCACCUCAAGAACGAACUAGAGCUGUUUCGUUAUUGACGGUUUCAAAUGUUAGUGGUAUGCUAAUUGCCAUGCCAAUUUCCAAUAAAUUAGGAUCUAGUAAGCUUGGCUGGGAAAGUAUUUUUUGG